UGUCCUUCUCACAACAAAUCACUUUGACCAUUCGCACACGACCAGAGACACGCUCUUGUACCCAGGAAAUAUUACCGACAUCACGAGACCCUGAAUACAAAGCAAGAGAAUAUCUAUAUAGAAAGCAACACAAUGUCGGCCCUCUCAGACGAUACCCUCCGCAAAAUCCUAACCCAAAUCCAAACCCAAGCCGUCUCUGCCCAAAAACAACUCUCCAUCGUCCGCUCCCAGAUCGCCUCUAAAGACAAGGAAAAGAAGAUAUUGGCAUUGACCAGGAGGGAGAUUGGGGAUGUGUUUGUUUCUGUUGACGGACAGGGGCAGGGGGGAGGGGGAAAGAUGUAUAAAGGGGUUGGGAAGAUGUUUGUGGAACAGCCCAGAGCGGAGGUGGAGAAGGAACAUGCGGAUAAGGAAAAGUCGUUGACUGAGGAUGUCCAAAACCUCUCAAAGAAGGCGAAAUACCUGGAAAAGCAGUUCGAAGAGGCCAACAAUCAGCUGAAAGAUAUUUUCCACGCGCAACAACGGGCGGCUGAGAACCAGUAGAUACAGUGAGAUGUUUAGAUGGCGGUCAUGUAUUUGUAUGGUACGUGUAUCGAGGAGGGGAUACGAUAUGGACGAGCUAGGAGCAAAUGGAGCCGCUACGUGCUUCUGUGCUGAUUUCCUCUUGGCCCCGGGGUAAGAAGGGUGGGUUCAGCAAAAAGAAAC